UGCUGUUUUUUGUCAUGGUGACUGUCGAAACUCGAAUGUCGAUUGACGAGCUCAAACUUUGUGAAAAAAUAAUUGAACCAAGAAAUUAACCGAUGUUGAAAUUGUUAUUAUCUUAAAGUUAUUAUUAUUUAUAUUAAAUAGUUCUAAACAUCUCACUUGAGAUCAUUGGCAUAUUUAUGUAGUCGUGUCUUCCAGUACCAAAAUUAAAUCUAUUGCUUUUUUACUAAUAAUAACAACAAAGCAAUGGAUCUCGAAGAUAAUGCCUUGGGUCUUACCCAAGAACAAACCGAUAAAAUACUGCAAUUCCAAGAUUUAACGGGUAUCGAGGACAUGUCAAUAUGCAGAGACGUUUUGCAAAGACACCAAUGGGAUCUAGAGGUGGCAAUUCAAGAACAACUGAAUAUACGCGAGGGGCGGCCCUCGGUGUUCGCUACGGAGGCCCGCGCGCCCACAGUAGUACACGACCACAUAGCACAGCACAUAUUCACAGAUGAGGGCCCUGACGGGCCCGGUGGUGUCACAGGGCUCUUACGCUAUGUUGUGAACUUAGUAGUAUCUAUGUGCUAUAACACAAUAUCAUCUGUAUUGAACUUACUGCUCAGUUUUGUUCGGAAUGACGACAGAAGGCUGGCCACAGACCCAUUGGACGAUGUGAUGGGAUUUAUAACUAGUUACACAUCCAAAUACAAUCCUCACCCAGUGUUCUACCAGGGCACAUACGCUCAAGCAUUGAAUGAUGCCAAGAACGAAUUGAGAUUCCUUAUUGUAUAUCUCCAUUCAGAAUCAGCUACGGAGACACAAAACUUCUGCAGAACAACUUUGGCAGACCCCAUUGUGAUACAGUAUAUAAACACACAUGCACUAUUCUGGGGAUGUUCAGUGGAGUCCCCGGAGGGCUGGAGAGUGGCCCAGUCAGUUGGUGGUAGACGUUACCCGCUUCUGUGUGUGUUGUGUGUGAGAGACCAUCGAAUGACAGUGGUAGCCCGGAGUGAGGGUUCCUGCUCAUCCCAACAGCUUCUGCAGAGGCUGAGACGAGUGGUGGCCGACAAUGAUCCACAUUUGGCUGCAGCUAGAGCUGAUAGAGUGGAGCGUGAAGUGACGGCUCGACUGCGUGCGUCUCAGGACGAGGCGUAUUUGGAGUCGUUAGCUGCGGAUCAGGAGAAGGAGCGGCAGCGGGCUGCGGCCAGGGAGUACGAGAACCAGCUCCGACGUGACUCCAUGGAGAGGCGGCUGCAGCUGGAGCGACAUGAGCAAGAGGUGAUAGAGGCGCGAGCGGCGGCGGCGGCGCGUGUGGGCGUAGAGGCGGGCGCGGGCGCGGGCGCACUGGCGCUGCUGGUGCGGCUGCCGUGCGGGGAACGACUCACGAGACGGUUCCGACUGGCUGAUACCACCGACGUACUAUACGACUUUGUGUUCAGUCAUCCCCAAGCACCCGAAGAGUUCGAGAUCACAACCAAUUUCCCCAAGCGUGUGCUUGAGAGGGGCUCACAGAACCUUCUAGAAGUCGGCCUCAAGGACAGAGACGUGCUGUUUGUGAACGAUAUCAACGCAUAACAGUGAUCCAUAGA